AUGACUAACAGUAUGCUUCGAUUCGCCCUCCAGGAUACCAGCGUAACUCGUGCGGUUACUGCAAAUCUGAUGACGGGAGUGCUGCUUACUACACUAGCUCAGUCUCUGGAAAAGCGACAUCGAAAAUGCCAUUUCGAUCUGCUUACGGAAAUUCACGAGGCCGAGUACAGCAAUGUCAAACGACCGAUUGACCCCAAGACGAAGAAACUGCUGGAGCCAGCCCAUCGCUUUGAGGUCAAUGUCGAGGGAGACUCGAUUUCUCAGGCCAAGUUCGAUCUUUUCGUCAAAUAUCAGACAAAGGUCCACAAAGAAGAUGUGUCCAAGUGGCAGCAGAAGGACUUUAAGCGUUUUCUCUGCUCGGGCAUCAAGCGGUCCCCAGCAGAUGCCAAAUCUCCCGAGAGGAAACUAGGGUCGUGGCAUCAGUGCUAUCGACUCGAUGGCAAGCUCAUAGCUGUUGCCGUGCUGGAUCUGAUGCCAAGCGGCGUGAGCUCCGUCUACAUAUUCUAUGAUCCCGAUUAUGAGCAGUGGGAGUUUGGCAAACUCAGUGCGAUGAGGGAGAUUGCUCUGGCCCUCGAAGGCCUUUACCAGUACUACUACAUGGGAUACUACAUCCACUCCUGUCAAAAAAUGCGCUACAAGGCCGCAUUCCGGCCACAGUGCAUCCUCGACCCAGAGAGCUACACCUGGGACCCGCUCGACGGCGAGCUCACCAAGAAGCUAGACCAGCGCGCCUACGUCUCGCUCUCCCACGACCGCAAACUGGCUGCAGAGGGCCUGCCCGAGUCCGAGUCCCAGUCCCAGUCCAAGUCCACCGAGGCGGAGCCGGCAGACGCGGAAAUCAACGACGAGGAAAUGUCUCUGUUCGACCUGCACAUGCCUGGCGUGCUGACACUCGAUGAAGUGAAGCGUCUCGACCUGGAUCACACGCUGCUGCUCGUGCGAGGAUCAUUCGUGCACAUGAAUGAUCUCGUGGGUUGGGAAAGGAUGCCUAUCGAUAACCCCCAAUCGGUCAAGGGGAUUGUUGCGGAACUCGCCGCGGCGUUGGGCCCAGAGGUCUUUGAGAAUUGCGCCGUAGUGCUCUUUGAUUGA